AUGUCCCCCUCGCGUCCCACCAACACCUCGCUGUCGGAACUGCACCUGACAGGCAUCCCGGGGCUGCAGCACCUGCACCACUGGAUCUCCGUCCCCUUCUGCAUCAUGUACCUCGUCACGCUGGCUGGGAACAGCACCCUCCUGUGUGUGAUAAAGGCUGAUCCCAGCCUGCACAUGCCCAUGUUCCUUUUCCUGUCCAUGCUGGCUGUCAUUGACCUGGUGAUGUCCACCUCUAUCACCCCCAAAAUGCUGGGCAUCUUCUGGUUUCACUCCACUGCCAUCAGCCUGGAUGCUUGUCUCACCCAGAUGUACUUUGUUCACGCUUUCUCUGUGAUGGAGUCGGGGGUGCUGGUGGCGAUGGCCUUUGAUCGCUACGUGGCCAUCUGCAAUCCCCUGAGGUACUUGUCCAUCCUGACCAGCCCUGUUGUGGCUGCCAUCGGCUUGGCCACCUUGCUCAGGGCUGUGGUUUUCAUGAGCCCCCUCACUUUCCAGAUUCGCCGCCUGCCCCUCUGCAGCCUGGCAGCCGUGGACCACUCGUACUGCGAGCACAUGGCCGUGCUCAAACUGGCCUGCGGCAACGCUGCCUUCAGCAACACCUACAGCCUCUCCUUCUCCACCUACGUGGGCAGCUUCGACUCGCUGCUCAUCGCCCUCUCAUACAUGCUCAUCCUCCGAGCUGUGCUCAACCUCUCCUCCCCACAAGCCCGCAAAAAAGCCUUCAGCACCUGCGGCUCGCACCUCUGCAUCAUAGCCCUCUUCUACAUCCCUGGGCUGCUCUCCAUGUACAUGGAGAGGUACCAGCAGGAGCUCCCACCACACAUCCAGGUCCUGUUGGCUGAUCUCUACCUCCUCAUCCCACCAGCAUUCAACCCCCUGAUCUACGGCAUCAGGAUGAAGCAGAUUCGUGAUGGAGCACGCAGGGUGAUGUCCCGGAGGAGACCCAUAGCAGGAGGGAUUGGGCCUGGCCUUCAAGGCACAGGGCUGGGCCACACGAAGACCAGGUCCAUCCCUUAG